GAUCUUCGUUGUUCCGGAGAGCCGUUCUACACACUUCGGUCUCAUUCUCCUCCUCCUUCAUGACUGUCUUGCCUCUGUCUUGCCUACAUAACACAUGCUUGCCUCUGUUGCGUCCAACUAUACUCGUAGCAAUUGCACAUUAGUACUUUCCGAGGUGUAAGAGCUAACGUAGAACCUGUGCACACUUUCCUUGACUGCAUCGAUAGGGCUCGCAUUUGUAUUGGAGAGGUAACAUUGGUGGUAUUGAAUUAGAGUUUGUCGCGCUUUGUAGUGAGGUCGGUGUGCUUGCGGAAUAGAGGUAGGCAUGGCGCUUUCGUUGUUCGGUGGUCGUGGCAACAGCGUGUUUGAUCCCUUCGAUUUCGGCAGCGCAUGGGAUCCUUUUCAGUCUCUGCUAGGAUCUGCGCCGUCUUUGCAAUUUGCACGAGAUGCACACAGCAUGGCCAGCACUCAGAUUGAUUGGCGUGAGACACCAGAGGCGCAUAUCUUCAAGGCCGAUCUGCCCGGGCUGAGGAAAGAGGAGGUGCACGUGCAGGUUCUGGAUGGGAAGGUAUUGGAGAUCAGUGGGGAGAGGAAGAAGGAGGAGGUGCAGAGGGGUGAUACCUGGCAUCGUGUAGAACGCAGCAGCGGCAGUUUCUUGCGGCGUUUCCGGCUCCCGGAUAACGCGAAUGUGGACGUGGUGAACGCGCAGGUGCAGGAUGGAGUGCUGACGGUGACAGUACCAAAGGUUGAGAAGCCGAAGCCACAAGUGCGACAGAUUCAAAUCGCUUGAGUUUUGUGAAAGAAUUCACUCACGUAGUGGUACACUGGAGCGCAUGAGGCAAUGAAAGUUUGGGAUGCUAUCAAGUGGAAUGAGGACUGCAGCUUACAUGGUUUGUAUUGGAGAGUUACACAAAGUAGGCUGUUGAUUUUCAUGCUUCCCUGAUUGAGAUGAUACAUUUGUAUAGAACGAUUUAGGUGUAAAUAAAUCCCGAACUUGUUGCCUCAUUUCUUGUUAUUUCGGGAGUUUGUCUAAUGUGAAGAUUGAUCUUGAGAAUUUCCCACUUA